AUGGUUCAUUCUACUACCAAGCUGACCCUUCUACGGCCACUGCUUCGUGGAAAGAUGUUAGGCCCCCGUAUGUCUAUGACCAAACUCUCUCCACUGGUGAUCGAUAGUGGAUCGGGGAUGUGCAAGGCGGGCUUCGCGGGUGAUGACGCUCCGCGGGCCGUUUUCCCCUCCAUAGUUGGGCGUCCACGACAUCAAGGUGUCAUGGUGGGUAUGGGGCAGCGUGACUCCUAUGUUGGCUCGGAGGCACAAUCGAAAAGAGGUAUCCUCACAAUCCAAUACCCUGUGGAACAUGGAAUUGUGACGAACUGGGAUGAUAUGGAACGAAUCUGGCAGCAUGUCUUCAGCAAUGAACUGCGAGUCACACCCAGCGAACAUGCGGUACUUCUGACAGAAGCACCGCUAAAUCCACGCUCUAAUCGAGAACGAAUGACACAAAUCAUGUUUGAGAGCUUUAAAACUCCCGCAAUGUACGUGGCAAUACAAGCGGUUCUCUCAUUGUAUGCAUCUGGCCGAACAACAGGAGUGGUAAUCGAUUCUGGAGAUGGUGUUACUCAUACUGUACCCACUUAUGAGGGCUAUUCCCUGCCACACGCUGUGUUUCGCCUUGACCUUGCCGGAAGGGACUUGACCAAUUAUCUAAUUAAGAUCCUCACGGAACGGGGAUACUCGUUUACGACAACGGCUGAAAGAGAAAUUGUUAGAGACAUCAAGGUGCCCAGUUAUGAAAAAAAUGUUAAAAUUCAUGACGGCUCAGAAAACCUGAGUUUUCUUUUGCAGGAAAAGUUAUGUUAUGUCGCUUUGGACUAUGAACAAGAG